AUGGAACCAACUUCUAGUGUUCAUGAGUUACCCUUGAAUGAGAACGAUUCACAGGAUAUGUUCAUCUAUCAAGUCAUUAACGAGGCUGAAGCCAUUGAUGGCCUUGGAGCCAGGAAUCCCGCUACUGGUGUUUCCAAAAGUACCCUUGACCCAACUCGUGUCAUAAACAAGAGCAAACAUUACAGAGGUGUAAGGCGUCGUCCAUGGGGUAAAUAUGCAGCAGAGAUCCGUGACUCCAAGCGACAUGGCGCAAGAGUGUGGUUGGGGACUUUUGAAACGGCUGAGGAUGCUGCGUUGGCUUACGACAGGGCUGCCUUUCAGAUGAGAGGUUCAAAGGCUCUUCUGAAUUUCCCAGCUCGACUUGUGACAUCUAUGCCGAAAAUUUGCCAAGAAUCAAGCUUGAACGGAAAGGAAUGGAAAGGGUCAUGUUCGAGUAGUAGUUCUGGUGAGGUAUCGAGCCUAAAAGAAAAUUUUAAAGCUACACCAGGAUCAUCCUGUCAAGGAAAUAUGCUGCAGUUGUUUUGA